AUGAUGGCGAUCGCGGCCAAGAUCUUGACGUACUGGAGCUACUCCAAGGUGCCUGUCGCGCUCACCCACACGUGCAAGGCGUCAACGCCGCUCUUCAACGUCGUCCUCGCCUACCUCGUGUAUCGUACAACGCACGCGCUGCCCAUAUACCUGUCGCUGCUGCCCAUUGUUGUCGGCGUCUCGCUGGCGUCCAUGUCCGAAGUUCAGAUCAACGAAUUCGCGACCAUGGGUCUUCUCUGCGCCAUCUCGUCGUCCAUGUUUGGGGUCAUGCAGAGCAUGUACGCCAAGUACCUUCUCCGCCAUGGCAUCGUCGCCGACAGCAUCAAUCUCCAUUUUUACAAUGGCAUGCUCUGCAUUGCCGUCAACAUGCCGAUGCUUCUCUGGAACAGCGCGGAGAAGACCAUGUUUCCGACGACGAUUCCCUACGGCUUGAUCUUUUGCUGCAGUACAUGCCAGUUCAUCUCGAGUUUUGCAGCCUCCUUGCUGCUCGGCAAGGUCUCGGAGCUCACCGGGUUGUGA